AGUAGGUCCAACUGUUUAAACGAGCUCAACGAAUGAACCAAUCAUAUCGGAUGAAUACGUACGCACAGAUGUGUAUUUGAUGUUUAUUUUACUGUGAAUAGAUAAUAUCACACGUUUGUGUUAAGUUGGAUAUAAUGCCGUAGACACUUGUGGUGAUCGAAUAAAACAGCUUGUUCUGAAAUUGUUUCUAAAACAACGGCUUGAAAUCGCCUCAAUCAGUCAGAGUUUUGUCAAUACACUCUCCGAUUUGUCUGAAAUAUGCGCUAAUGACACUUUCUUGAUUAAAUUCCCCUAUCUUUAUAAGUUGACCGAAACCCUUUAUUACAACGUGUGUCGACCAACUACAAGAACCGUUCCUCAAAGAAGCACGACGUUAAAUAAUUUAUAUGUUGGAGUAAUAAAAGCAAUGGCUUUCAAGUUCAACGCAACGAAACGACAUCGAGUUGAAAGCGAUGUAUCUGCGGCGUCAGGCCUGUCGACACAAACACAGCUGAUAGACCUGUCCGGAUCGUCACUUGAUAACAAUAGCGUUUUUGAUCUGAGACGUCACAGUGAUAACUCUGACAAUAACAUAUCCGCGAAAAAUAAUUCGGAAAUACCGGAAAUACCAAGUAAUUUUAAAUUUGACGAUCGUAAACGAGAGAUAAUGACUGCAACAAAAAGAGGAUCCGCUCAAAGAGUGUCGUUUAGUAUUGAUGACGGGGAUAUAGACAAUGAAGAGAUGAACGGGCCUUGCGAAGGACAAUGUUGCAACGGUGGUAGAAUAUAUAAAUAUCAGCACACAAGACCGAUGUCCAGACCGAGGCGUUUCUCUGAGAACAAUGCGAAUACAAUUAAUUAUACCGGCUACAAUACACCAAUGCACCACAGUGUGAGCAUGCCGUGCGAGUGUGCAUCUUGCUAUGAAAGGAAACAUAACAUUGUUAGAGAUCUUCUGCCCAACAAUGGUGCAGAACCAACGUACCGAAAGUCCCACAGCGUGCGAUCGUUACCAGAUAUCCAAAACGGAAUCCCCCUAAAAUAUCCUGUAUCAAACCACAGGCAAAUGUCCGAAACUCCGUUGGACUGUUUCGUUACUUUGAAUGAGACGGGUGGUGAGAAAUACAUACAUAAAGUAUUUAAAAAUCCAAGUCAGUAUAACCCAAAGAGUAAAAAUUUUAGAGAAAUGGAAACUAUCUACAGCGGCGACACUCCGUCUUCAACUUUAGAAAAUAGACAGUUGCCUCAAAGGCCAGGUGUUGAUCAGUUUGCCCAAAGCUACAGUGACCCAAGUAACGAAAUGGUGAAAAGUAAAAGUUCCCAACCACUCAUGGAAUCACCAGUCUCAAGCAAGCACUCAUCUGAAUCCAGCAGAUCUGAUAAAUGCUUUAUCUGUAACAAGAUCGCAGUCCUCGUUAUCCUCAACUUUGUCUUGAUCUUAGUGAUCGUGUCCGCUGUGCCUGUCUACUUAAGUGUUAUGGUGAAAGGUCAAACCGUAUCGGAACAAGUACCAGCGGCUGUGCCAGUCCAACAACAGCCACACCAAAUGAACACAACUUGCGUCAGCUGCAGCGUCCUGGACAAGUUGGAUGAUCUCAGGAAGCUUGGAAUGGAAAAACUAACAGACGACCUGUGUUGUCUGAAGAAUGAUACCAACCUAGUUGACUUCAUAAUUAAGAUGAGAGUGGCCCCGCCAACUUAUGUUAAAGCUGAAGAUGACGAGAUAUAUCACGGUCGUCCAAUUCUUCAACUCGAGUCAAUGGGCUUAGAUAACAGGAAAAUAACCUGGAAUCCUCGUGGUCUCACGCGAAGCGGCUUGGCGUUGAAAGACAACCAUAAAAUCGAGUUUAAAGCAACUGGAUACUAUUUUAUUUCAACGGAACUCGCUUUUAAGCCCAAUAGUAAAGGGAUUCUUCAGAUAGGCUUUACUGCCUAUGACAACAAAGAUAAACCGUUGCGUUCGAAAAGCGAGACGCUGAGGAAUCAACCCGAUGAUAACAGAUACGUCAGCGAAUGCAGCUUCGUUGACUUUUUCUUUUCCGGGAGCCACCUUUAUGUAGAACUUGAUAACGUGGACGGGCUGCUGAAAGAGGACGGACAAAUAUUGGUUUUCUUUCUGGGAAACUGAUCUCAUUUAAUUCUGGGAAUCGUUUCUAACUAUGUUGCACAUCUAUGAAGUCCAAUACUCCAUUUUAGUCGUUACACGGCUCUGUGCCAUUUGAGCAGAGGCUGCACCACUCAUGAUUCAUAUGAUGUGUUCGGGUAAACCAUUGCGUGACCUUGAACUUGCGUUAAACAUUGGAUCGCAAAUACGGAACACGUGUGAGAAAAUGUAACUAGUUUUAGUGUCUGAAGGUUUUAAAACGUGGUCCAUAGGUUUCGUUCGACUUAGCGGUCAAGAUAGAGUUUAUUUUUUUUUAUAAAAUAGAAGCUUUACUAUAUACCGUGUGCACUAUGAUAUGUAUUAACUUGUUUCGUGAAAUAUAUAUAUAUACUUGAUACUACACUGAAUAAGCAGGGUUCUCGCUGGAUUUAAUAUUUUGGGGAUUUUGUUAAAAAGUAGUCCCUUCUGACAUGUACAUUGCCAGAUGUGUUUAAAGGGCUCGACGAAGUACGCAGAUGAGACUUGUAAAUUUCGAAAGCAUAUAGAAGAAGAUAUAUCGAUGGAAAAUGUUCUUCCAAUAUCUACAUGCAUACAUAUUAAUCAUAUCUGUUCUUAUGUUUGGUAUAUUUCAGUAUUUCCGUUGAAAGGAUGGUUUAAUUACGUUGUUGUAAUGCAUGAGGAAAACAUAUUAUUUUUUCAUUUUGCUUAUGCAAACUGCGAUUGGCCAACGUCGCAAAAUGUCCGUUAUAAUUUUCUUGCUCACAGUUGCUCAAUACGAACGAAUAAUUUUUACUAAUCAAUGUAUUCAUAUCUUGUUUUUGUUCUUUUUGCUCAAAUGUACAUGCAAACGGUAAUAACUUUAGCGUUGAAACACUCAUCAUGAGUCCGUUGCAAUGUGUGUAAACGUUCCGAUCUCGUAAAGAAGUGUCAAAUACAUGUAUACGAUAUUUGCUAUUAAUAUGAUAUAUGCUUAAAUGUGUUUUGUUUGUCAGAAAUUGAUUCAAGAAAUAAGGGUCGUAAAUGGGCUGUUUGGACCUAGUUUAAACACAUCUGAUAUUCAUCAGUACUAAUAUGAUAAAUUUCUGUAUGUCUUUUAAACACAAUUGUUGAAGACAUUAUUUUUUUAAGUCAAAAUGGUUGCUUUUACUGAACAUUUAAACAUUGGCUGCGUGUAGCUACGCUUUACGUAUCAUGUAUGCAGAUAUUUGUAGCUUUGUGGACCUUUUAGAUUUACGUGAACAAGUGCAGGCUGCACAAAAUAAUGGUCAUUUGAUUCAUGAAAGUCAUUAAACAAACCUGCACCAUACAGACUGGUAUGAUACAAAAGCUUAUAAUAGUUUCUAAAUGUUUGACAAUCAUUUGAACAAUACUCUGCAUUAAAGGGGCCUUUUCACGUUUUGGUAAAUUGACAAAUUUAAAAGAAAUGUUUCAGAUUCGCAUAUUUUCGUUUUAGUUAUGACAUUUGUGAGGAAACAGUAAUACCUAACAUUUAUCAUGCUCUAAAAUAGCCAUAAUAUGCAUCUUUUGACGAUUUAAAAAGCUGAAAAUGAUAAAGCGUUGCAACGUAAACGAUUGAAUAAUUUGGAAAGUUCUGUUGUUGUCGUUAUAUUUUGUGAAGCUACGAGGAUUGCUGAUUAUAAAGUAAAAAAAAUCCAUCUUUCAUUUUUAUGAGCCCGGAUGGCUGAGUGGCUCAAGUGGUAGACAUUUACUCCAAGCCUCCGGGGGUCAGUGGUUCGAGCCCUGUUGAGGGUUACUGUUUUUUUCCUUUUUUAAAUUUUAUUCUUGAUUUUUUACUGCAGCUUUUUAGAUCAAAUGUUUACAUUUAUCAAUAUAAAGCAUUUAAUGACAAACUUCAAAACAUGCCUGUGAAAAUGCCCCUUUAAUUUCUGCAAUAUUUCAUCGAACAUUCGUUGUCAUUCAAUGUUAUCGAUUCAUGUACAAUAAUUACACACAUGUUGUAGUAGAGUAGUAGAGUAUGUUUUAGCCUAUCUCUGCUCAUAUUCCUUUUUGAUAAGAUAUACAAUGAAACGUUGAAUAACAACGAAUUGCAUUAUGGGUUUUGUGGUCGCCUAGCAAUCACGAGGUCCCAGCUUGGACCCCACUCUGGGCGGGGUUGAGGCAUUUUCGUGAUCAUCCAAUAAAACAUAUAUUACUGUUUAUAUCCAAUAAAAAAGACCCGAUGCUGUCUCAAUGAAUCUAGGGCGUUUGAAGCAAUCGUGCUAGCAUCAUGUGAGCCUAAAACAUCAUGCUUGAUUCCUUUACAUUAUUGUUUUAAAAGUGUCGUUAAGACAUACAUUCAAUAACUAGUUUGUUCAUCGAACAUCGUGAAUCUUGUUGAAAUCUUUUCUGUUUGCGUUAUUUUUUGCUGUGGUAUGUUAUUUUUGAUUUCCUAAUAAUUAAACAAUGCAAUUUGGUUGUAUAUUUCGCUGACCUCGUCUUUUGUAUAAAAAAUUGCAAUUUU